AUGGGAGAGAUGGAAACAAUGUUGAAUCUGUUCGUUGCUUCUUUCAGUCUUCUCAUCUCAAGUGUUGGUAUUCUUGCCGGUAUUUUACUCAACUUUACGGACAUUGGUAUAUGGCUGGCAAGACAACGUGGUAGGUCUCUUAAACUCUCGGAACAUCAAAUUGGUCUGCCUCUUCGACCCAACCCUACCGUCCUUACCACCCUCCACAAAUUUGGCAUUGAGGUCGUACUCGGCACCCUCAACAAUGACCUCGAGAAACUCACCAACGACCCAACAUUCGCCAGCACCUGGGUCCAAAACAAUGUAAUUCCCCACGUCCAGGCCGGCACGAGUUUCCGCUAUAUCACCACUGGCAAUGAGGUCAUUCCUGGCGACCUCGUCAGUUUUGUCCUCCCUACCAUGCAAAAUCUCAACACUGCUCUCACUGAUGCCAAGCUCAACAUCUCCAUCUCCACCGUCAUUGCUACUGAUGUCCUCGGCGUGUUAUUCCCACCUUCCCAAGGCGUAUUCUCCGAAGCAUCAUCCACCGACGUGACUGGCAUUGCAGGUUUCUUGGUGUCCAAGAAGACACCACUCUUUGUCAAUGUGUACCCAUACUUUGCAUAUGCCAACCAACCAAAGGACAUGCAGCUCAACUAUGUACUCUUCAUAGCAAAUGGCACGGUGGUCAUUGACAGUUCAUAG